CUUUUCUUUACUGUCAGUUAUUAGAGAGAAAGGCCACAAUGGCAAGUCAAGCGCAUAAGACAACCACCGCCCACCACAAAGAGAUUCAUUCAGCUCAAUUCAAUCCUCUCUCUCUCUCUCUCUCCCUCCUUUUAGUCUCCAAAUUUUCGUAGUUGAUUUGAAACUAGUAUGGCUUCUGGUUUGAUAACAUGUUCAAAAUGAACUGUUUUUACCCAUUUUGGGAACACUUCAAAUCCAUUUUCAAUCCAAACCAAUGAAUGAAGAGUAGUAAAUCCAACAAGAAUUCAAAUGGGUAGAGCUCUAAUCACUAUUUGGAUCUUUUCUUUCACUUUUCAUCUUCAAUUCUGAACCAAAUUACAAAGCAUGGAGUUCAAGAAAGGCAAGCAAGUGAGGUUUCACAAUGAUGGAAACCAAAACCUUGAAAAACCCUCUGUUCUGUACAAAGUUUCAGCACCUUUGUCCAAGCCUGAUAGUGGAAUUGAUGAGAAAACUAGAACAAAGGGGAGUCUCGAAUUUGGGGGUUUUAAAGUUUUCCCGGAAAAUCAUCACAAAAAAUCAUGGAGGGAGAAAAUUAUUGAUCCAGGAAGUGAAGUUUUCUUGCAAUGGAACAGAAUUUUCCUUUUCUCGUGUUUGGUUGCACUUUUUGUAGAUCCAUUGUUUUUUUACCUUCCUUCAUUAGUAGUAGUGAGUGAUAGCAAUUCAUCAUCUUGUAUGACUACUGAUUUAAAUCUGGGAAUUAUUGUCACCUGCUUUAGAACAAUUGCAGAUAUUUUCUAUUCGUUACAUGUUUUUAUCAAGUUUCGGACCGCUUAUGUAUCCCCAAGUUCUAGGGUUUUUGGUAGAGGUGAACUUGUUAUGGAUCCUAAGAAGAUAUCAAGAAGGUAUUUGAAAUCUGACUUCUUUAUAGAUGUCAUUGCAACACUGCCUCUUCCUCAGAUUGUCAGAUGGUUCAUUAUACCUGCAAUUAGAAGUUCCGAUGCUGAUCACACCAACAAUGCCCUUGCACUGAUUGUCCUGUUUCAGUAUAUUCCUCGAUUAUAUCUGAUUUUCCCAUUAAGUUCUCAGAUAAUCAAAGCUACAGGAGUUGUCGCAAAGACUGCUUGGGCAGGCGCUGCGUAUAAUCUCCUUCUGUAUAUGUUAGCUAGUCAUAUCUUAGGGGCAUCCUGGUAUCUGUUGUCAAUUGAACGGUAUGCUACGUGCUGGAAAUCAGUUUGCAAACAUGAAAUCAGCCCUAUAAGUGCUCUCCCCAUUUUGGAUUGUGGUACUUUGAACAACAUGGACCGUAUAUCGUGGGCAAAUAGUACUACAGUGUUUAGUAGUUGCAAUCCUGCUAACACUAUCAGUUUCAAUUAUGGGAUAUUUCAAAAUGCAGUAACAAACAAUGUCGUCAACUCGAAGUUCCUUGAGAAGUACUUCUAUUGUUUGUGGUGGGGGUUACAGAACUUAAGUUCUUAUGGCCAGACUUUGUCUACAAGUACAUUUAUUGGCGAAACUGCAUUUGCGAUACUCAUAGCCAUCUUGGGUCUGGUUUUGUUUGCCCAUUUGAUAGGAAACAUGCAGACCUACUUGCAAUCUCUCACCAUGAGGCUUGAAGAGUGGAGACUCAAGCAACGAGACACUGAGGAGUGGAUGAGACAUCGGCAGCUCCCUCAAGAUUUGCAAGAACGCGUGCGCCAUUUUGGGCAAUACAAGUGGCUUGCAACACGUGGAGUCGAUGAAGAGUCAAUUUUACAAGCCUUGCCUACAGAUCUACGUAAAGACAUCCAACGCCACCUUUGUGUAGACCUUGUUCGACGUGUUCCGUUUUUCUCACAGAUGGAGGAUCAACUACUUGAUGCCAUAUGCAAGCACCUAGUAUCAUCAUUAAGUACACAAGGCACCUACAUAGUUCGUGAGGGUGAUCCCGUGACAGAAAUGCUUUUUAUCAUCAGAGGGAGACUAGAGAGCUCCACCACAAACGGAGGGCGCACGGGUUUCUUCAAUUCAAUUACUUUGAGACCGGGUGAUUUCUGUGGAGAGGAACUACUUGCUUGGGCAUUGCUUCCAAAAUCAACUGUUAACUUGCCAUCAUCCACAAGAACAGUUAGAGCACUUGUUGAAGUAGAAGCCUUUGCGUUGCAAGCAGAAGAUCUCAAGUUUGUGGCAAAUCAGUUUAGACGUCUUCACAGCAAACAGCUACAACACACGUUUCGGUUCUACUCUUACCACUGGAGGACGUGGGCUGCGUGCUUCAUUCAGGCUGCUUGGCACCGAUUCAAGAGGAGAUUGAUGGCAAAGAACCUCAGCAUGAGAGAGUCAUUCUCAUUUGCUUCUGAUGAGCGAUUGGCUGAUGAAACUGAAAGAGAGGAUGAAGAAAAGGAUGAUAAUGCUCCAUCAUCAUCGUCCACAACUUCUUCUCAGGCAAAACAGAACCUGGGUGUGACCAUUCUGGCUUCAAGAUUUGCUGCCAACACGAGGAGAGGGAUUCAGAAGAUGAAGGAUGUUGAAUUACCAAAGCUGCAGAAGCCUGAAGAGCCUGAUUUCUCGGCUGAACCAGAUGAUGACUAAGUCAACAUCCUACUAUGCUAGAUUAUACUUUCACUGCCAAGAUUGAGAAGAAGAGUUACAAAAGUCCGAAAGGAGCGAGCAGGUAUCAAAUAUUUCUUGAUGAAAGAAAGAAGCAUGCCUGACAAAUACUCAUUAGUUUCUGAUAUAUAUAGUGUUCAUUAGAUUGUUAUAGUUUUAUGUAGCAUAUCUUGUUUAAAGUAGGAUAUAUAGCAAUGGUUGAGGAUAUUAAGAGUGUAGAACUACUUGUGCCAGGAUUUGAGAUGUAUGGAGAUAUUUGCUCAAAAUGAGUGGAGCUAAUUAAGCACUGUUUCUUUUGCAUGUU